AUGUGUCGAUGUUGGGAUACAAAUAGGCCUGUCAAAGUGGAAAUGACUUCAACACCCGGAAAGUGGUGUAGAGGACCUAAAUCUUUGAUGGAAAACCGAGUUGCUAGAAAGGAAACAUGGAUUUGUGGAGAAGAUGAUGAGAUAAAAGGUGACGGGGAUGAAGAAUUUGGUGAAGUAAUAUGUGGAGAUGAUUGUUGGAGGGAAGAUGAUGGAGGAAAUGAAUUGGAUGAAGAGGGAUAUGGUGGGACAAGUAGAGUUUGGUUACAUAGUAUAGGGAGGUGGGGUAUGGAUUUGGACGGAAUGAUGGUCGAGUCUGUGAGAAGGUGUUGUAUGGCCGAGUGGUGUUUGUUGGGGUCCCGUUUGGUGGAAUGA